ACCUGGCGUAGCACAUCAACACGAGGGUUUGGAGUGGGGAAGGAGGACGACUUUGGAUAAAAUGGGGAAGCAGAAGACAAAGAAAUACGCUGCGAUGAAAAGGAUGAUUAGUUUAAAAGACCAACGAAUAAAACCACAAGAUCGCGCUAAAGCAAAAGAGAAAAAGAAGAAUGACCCAUCUGCAAUAAAGGAAAAGGAAGUGUCAAAGUACCCAUCAUGUUUGUUCUUCCAGUACAACACUCAGCUGGGUCCUCCCUAUCACAUCCUAGUUGACACAAAUUUCAUCAACUUCUCCAUUAAAGCCAAACUUGACAUAGUGCAGUCCAUGAUGGACUGUCUAUAUGCUAAAUGCAUACCCUGUAUCACAGACUGCGUAAUGGCUGAGAUAGAAAAACUUGGAAUGAAAUAUCGAGUUGCUCUAAGGAUAGCCAAAGAUCCGCGGUUUGAGCGACUGCCCUGCACACACAAAGGAACAUAUGCUGAUGACUGUUUAGUCCAGAGGGUCACACAGCACAAGUGUUACAUUGUGGCCACAGUGGACAGAGACCUGAAGAGAAGGAUCCGGAAGAUCCCAGGAGUGCCAAUCAUGUACAUCUCCAACCACAGGUACAAUAUUGAAAGAAUGCCUGAUGACUAUGGUGCUCCAAGAUUCUAACUUUCUUCAGAUUGGAUUAGACAUGGAGUUCAGCUACAGGAGCAGCUGUGGAUUUUGUUGUGGGAUUGUCAUCACAGACUUAUUUGCUCAUUCCUGUGAAGGGAGAACGGAGUUCUUACAGUUUCAGUAAUAUUGGACCACAGAAGGGAACAGAAUUUCAAGAUUGUAAUUUCAGAUGCUUCAAGCCUCUGUGUUUGGAGUGGAGAGUAACCUGAAGAUGUUUUUGCAUGUCUUGACUAGAAAGAGAUGGCCAAUGGUUUGUUUUGAAUUAAAUGCAACACAAUAAAUUAUAA